CGGAUUGUACUACGGCCUGGGAAGUGUCAUUCAAACAGAGGUUGGAUUUUAGAAGUUUCCUCCAGCAGGGAACUGGAUUGAUGUCUUAAUGCAACUGUUUUGGAAAGAGACUAAGGGCAUCUUGACGAAGACCCCAAGUAAAACCUGUUACGGUGACAUCCCGUUCUCGCCGGGCACACUAGGUGUUUCGGCUUCUUUCGGCUCCACCGGGGAGAUGUUUCAGGGGUUCCCCGGAGACCCCGACACCGGCUCCCGUGGAAGCUCAUCUCCUUCUCUUGAAUCUCAGUACCUGUCGUCCGUGGAAUCCUUCGGGAGUCCGCCCACCACCGGCGCACCGCAAGAGUGUGUAUCAUCCACUGGCGGGGUAGGGGUGGGUGGAGGGUCAACUGGCACCGGGGCAGGGGUGGAGAUGCCCAGCUCAUUUGUGCCCACAGUAACAGCCAUCACCACCAGCCAGGAUCUGCAGUGGAUGGUGCAGCCCACUCUCAUCUCCUCAGUGGCACCAGGACAAAGCACCAUGGGCUCUAGCACCAUGACGCAGCCUGUAGCUUUGGAUCCUUAUGACCUGCCAGGCCCAAGCUUUUCAGCUGGUGGAGGCUUCACCCCACCAAGCUCUGACACCCCUGGCCCAGUGAGACAGUCUCGGAGCCGUCGCCGUGCACGGGAUGAAACGCUCACCCCGGAGGAGGAGGAGAAAAGACGUGUUAGACGAGAGAGAAAUAAAAUGGCUGCGGCUAAGUGUAGGCACCGACGGCGUGAGCUCACAGACAGGUUACAGUCGGAGACAGACAUGUUGGAGGAGGAGAAGGCCGAGCUAGAGGCCGAAAUAUCCGAGCUGCAAAAGGAGAAGGAGCGCCUGGAGUUCGUCUUGGUCGCCCACCAACCCGGCUGCAAAAUUCCCUAUCAGGACCAGCCCCCCGCACCGCUGCCGCUCCCACAGACGUCCCCGCAGACGCCUUCAGUCUCCGUGGUGGGCUUGACUGUGAAGGAGGACACUUUCUACCUGCCGCCCGCCUACUCGUCCCACCACCACCACCACCACGUCCCGGUCUCACAGCCGGCCCCAGCACAACAGCAGCAAGGGAUGAUGCAGGAGGUAGCCUUUUCUAGUUCUUUCUAUGGGCAGGGCCAGCCGGCGCCGGACGGCCCUUGCCUUGUUGCCGACGGUGGCGGUAACCCUGACGCCGGCAGCUACAUCCCCUCAUACACAUCUUCAUUUGUGUUCACCUACCCAGAGGGAGCCUGCGGGGUCAGCGCUAACCAGCGAACCAGCAGCAGCGAUCAGUCCUCUGAUUCCCUGAACUCGCCCUCGCUUCUUGCACUUUGAGAGCCCUGCGUCUCUCUGGCUCUGCUUGCCUGUCGACAGCGGCACACGCUCAUGCACAGAUGCAAACACCUCACAGACGUUGACCUGAUCUUUAACAUUAAAGCCUUUCGAUUCGAAACCUUUCGAGGCCCAGAUGCGUUAGCGUCUGAGUGACUUCAUCAAAUGAUGUAAGUGUAUAUUAAUUCACAAUGAAUUCAGGCUUAAUAUCAAGAUGAGUCAGUAGCCCAUGCACACACACACAGUCACACACACACUUUAAUUGUCAUAGACAUUUGACAUAACAAUGAAAGCACAUCGGCGCGCUCCCCCUUGCUUUUGUCUUCUCCUGCUCUGGCUUACAUUGGUGUACCAUCUCCUUCUUCUCUCUCUAUGCACGCCAGGUGCCUGCUGUGUAUUUGUCUAAGCAGAAAGAAAAUGGGGCACAGAACUGCUUUGUGGGUUUUGUUUGGUUUUGGUUUGCAUUUCGGGCUACCUUGCUACAUGCUUUCUUUCUCCAUCCAGUUCAUCCACACCUCUUUCUGUGACAAAAGGACAUGACCACGCACUCUCUAGCUACAGUACCUAUCUCUCUCUUUUUUCUCUCCCUCCGUUGUCCAUCUCCACAUCUGUUUCUCCUCUCUCCUGUCUCUAUGUAUCUCUGGUUCUCUCUGAAGUCUUCGGCCCCUGAGAGCCCGUUGGACCCUGAAAGCCCAUGGAACCUUGAGUGAGUGCCAGCCCACACCCCUACACCACAAAUUCUCUCCGCAUGGACCGGCCCACAGUGGAACCUCAGACAUUUCAAACAAUCUAAACGAACCAGCCGUCUCGGAUGCCACCACACUGGCUAAAGGAACGGGACUCUUUAUUUCUUCCCAGCACUGAGGAUUUCAUUGCGGAUGAGCGGAGACACACUGGCUAGACUAUGGCGAGGCCAGCGGAGGAGUUUUGGAGAGCCCUUGGAAUGUGGCGGGAGGUAUGAGAUGGUGAGAGUAUUCGCAUGACUAUGCUCUCCCUCUCAUCUCCCGCCGGUCCUCCGAGAGUUUUCGCAGCGUGCUCGCCCUUUCCCCUUUCUUGAGCAAGUUAGAGGAGUUUGUUUGUUUCUUUGUUUGUUUCAUUCUGUGUUUCAAUGAUAUAUUAACUCUGAUCUCAAAAGUGGCUUACCUGAUGAUAACAUACAAGAGUGGCUCGACACUCUGUGUUUGAAGAGCAUUAUAACGAGCAACCAAAAAAGAAAAAGAGAAAAGAAGGACAACCUCUUGGUUUUGGAUGAGUGGCCUCUGUGCUUCUUAAAGUCCUUGACAUCGUCUUCGAGCUGUGGUUGUGGUUUAGCACAGCUCUAGGCUUUGAUUGUGAAUGGAAGCCACAGAGUACUACAUCUCCAGUUGAUUUCUUUCUUUAAGGGGGUUGUUGUUGUUAAAAUGGAAAAAAAAGCACAAAUGCCGGCUGCGGAUGGAAGGAACACAAAGCGGUGGCCAGCCUAAAGGACGGCAUGUGCUUUUGAAUAUGAACCGUUUACUUUCCUGUGAAUGUUUUUGAUGUUUUAAGUUACUGAUUUUUCUUGAUGCUUUUUCUUCUUUUGCUCUUGAUUGUGCCGUUACUGCCGACUUAAAGAAGAAUUUUGUGGGGCUGUUAGCUGCUCCUUCUAUCUGUUACUGUUGUCUUACUGCAGUUAUCACAGAUAUUGUUAUCAUGGUUAUUAUUAUUAUUAUUAUUAUUAUUAUUUCAUAGUUAUCUCUUGUUGGCAACUAAAAAGGCAUGUUGUGCACUAUGAACCUUUUUUAUGUCUAAAACUAUAUAUAUAAAAUAUAUAAAAAUAUGUAUGCAUAUAUAUACAUAUUCAGUGUGUAUAUAUAUAUAUACAAUGAUUGUAAUGUAAUGUAUGAAUGUUCAGAAAAUGUUAUUUUUUCGUCAAUGAAGACAGAAGGGAGAGCUUGCACUUGGUUUUGGAUUAAACAUAGAUAUUUUUCUAAAAGGACAAAAAGUAUAUUAUAAUAAACUAUAACAGCCGGCCUUUCCCUGAAUAUGAAAAGCAUUGUCACUGCCUUUCAUUUCGAAACGUGUAAUAUGUAUGAUGACUGUAUUGAAACUGAGGCGCAUAUUGUGUUAUAUAUGUAUCACAGAUUUGAGCUGUGCUUGAUUUGUCAAUUAGGUUGGUUCCACAGCCCUUUUUCAUCAACCCCUGUGGACAAAACACACUGGACGCAAAAUAUCUAUAAAUGCAUAAAUAAAUCAGUCAAAAAAGAAGAUAUGAAUUGAGUGUCUCAAUGUAUUCUAGAUGAGCAUCUGAUGUUCAGCUGUGUUUCUCAAGCAGUGGUGUUGCAUUGAUUUAUCAUGUCCAGUGUGUGCUGUCUGCUCUUUUGGCUUCUGUGUGUGUGAUAUUCAGGGCUUGAUGGACAACUUCAGCCAGCCCUUAUUAAUUCACGUUACAGACAUGAUCAGAACAUUAUGCAUGUCUACGUCAUACACAGAUGGAAGUAUUUUAAAAUCAGAUGAGGUCCAUUGUUCCUAUUGACUUGGGCUACAUCGUGUGGAGUGCUUUAUGGGGCGGAAAUGAAAAUAUUUGUACAGUCGUUUAAAUCGAAAUGCCUUUUCAUGCUACAUUUAUAUACACAGGUGCACCAUUGUAUUGUUGGUUGAAUUUAGACCCAGAGCAUCAAACUUAAGCUGAAAUGGAGACAACUGCGUGAGCUCCUUCCAACAGAGAUUUCUGAUGAAAUUAUGUUCUCAUUUGGCAAUGAAAACCGAAUUAAGGCAUCUCGAACAGUGACGUAAUGAAGCCCGAGCUGUGAUUUCACAAAGUGGGAUGUUAUCUGAUAUUAGAAAGCACAUUGUCAAACAGCUCCACGCUCCAUUACAUUGAUAUCAAUUCCACUUUUCUUCAAAAGACGUUAUUGUGAGUCACAACAGUUUUAUGUUGUUUCGAUUUUUCAGCUGUUGGUGCUUUUGUUACUCCUACGCCAAAACAUUUUGUUACUGUAUCCGACUCCGAGACGAUAGCAUGAGAUGUUGGUUAAAUGAUACAGUAUCAGUGACUCUGUGGUCUUCCACUUUACAAAAACUCUUUGUAUAGAUUGAACUGCACAGUCAUGUUCUAGCUAUGACCAUCCUAGGUAUUUUCAAAUUCACAGUGCUUUGAAUUGACACAGUGGAAUGCAAUAUUUCAGAUACUCUAGGAGAACCAUGUAGCAAAUCAACUGAAUUGUAUGAUAAAAGUCAUCCUUUAUGCUACAGUGUCACAGUGAAGAAUUGAGACAAUUUGUUUUGUCUUUUCCAGUAUACCUUGCGUAAGAUUUACUCUGCUCAGACCUCAGUGACGGGAUGGUUAUGCAUUAUGAGGAUGUAAAAUGUCAGUACCUCUUGGGUUUUGUGAGUGUCAUUUGAUAGGUGAACUGUUUCACUUUCUAAUGCACAUUUGAAGAUUGCCUUCAGUAUAAAAUGAGUGAAAUAUUAGUCUCAUAUUACAACCACUUUUUUUGAGGGGAAAUGAAAGUUAGGUGUAAUAAGAAUCACCACAUAACAUUUCAGAAAUGAUAUGGUGCUUUUUCAAUACUGUUUGUCUUCGUAUAUUCUUGAUUAAGAGUGCCGAUGAUAGAGGUGUCUGGGAGAUUUGAGGUUAUUGGUUUACGACACUCUUGAUUUAAGAGUGUUUUCCUCACCAUGACUGCUUCAAGUUCUCAUAUUGAACAGCAUAUUUAAUACAUACUGAACAGCCCUUGUGAAUUAUAUAAUCCGCCGUUCUACAUUCUUUCUCUUUUCACCCUUUCUCCAUUUCAUUUGACUUUAUGCUAUAUUUCUAGCCCUUUAAUGAAUGGAGAAGGACAUUUCAUAUUGUUACAUAGACUGUGAAAUCUUGGUGUACUGUCCUAUCUUAAUAUCUUUGUAUGACGUCCAGUUUUUCUUGUAAACGAAAUGUCUACAAAAUAAAUAUAUUCACAACGA